AUGUUGAAUGAGGUUCGAAUUUUGAAAAGCGAAAAGUGACACGCAAAUUAGAAGAGUGAGUAUUUAAAUUAUUAGCAAUAUGUAUAUCCACUACAUAAAGGAAUUCAUGAUCAAUUCAACGAAGACAAAUACUUAGAACGCCCUAGGAAAACUCCAAGAUUGCCAGAAAUGGAGGUCAAACGAAGAGCAGUAAAGAACCUCGUUAUGAAACUAAGUUCCGUCUCAGAGCAAACACGAACUGAAGCAAUCUGCGAACUCAGAUUAAUUUCCAAAAACGAUUCCGACAGCAGACCGUUAAUCGCAGACGCCGGCGCAGUUCCAUACUUGUCGGAAUCCUUGUAUUCAUCAAACAAGUUGUCUCAAGAGAACGCAACCGCCACGUUGCAUAACCUCUCAAUUUCCUCCAAAGAAUUGUUAAUGUCCACGCGCGGACUCCUGGACGCGCUCUCUCACGCGCUCCGAAACCCUAGUUCCCCUUUCGUUGCUCAGUGUGCUGCUGCAACCAUCUUCAGCUUAUUAACGUUUGAAUCUUAUCGGCCAAUCAUUGGGCACAAGAGGGAUAUACUUUUUGGGCUUAUAGAUAUUAUAAAGAACCCUAGUUCGGAUUCAAGAACUGUUAAAGAUGCGCUCAAAGCGCUUUUUGGUAUCGCGCUUUACCCGUUGAAUCGUGCUCAAAUUAUCGAGCUUGGAGCUGUAAAUCCGUUGUUUUCGAUGUUAUGUAAUGAUGGUAGAGUUGGGAUAUUGGAAGAUGUUACAGCUGUGAUUGCUCAAAUUGCGGGUUGUGAAGAGAGCUGGGAGGCGUUUAGGAAGAUUUCAGGUGUUGGGGUGUUAGUGGAUUUGUUGGAUAGUUCUACUGGAUCAAGCAGUAGAACUAAAGAGAACGCGGUUUCAGCCUUGCUGAAUUUGGUGCAAUGUGGCGGUGAAGAGACGGUCAAUAGUGUUCGAGGUGUAGUUUUAGGGGCAGUGGAUGGUAUUAUUGAAGUGGCGGAAAAUGGAACGGAUAAAGGGAGGAGCAAGGCGAUGGCGUUGUUGAAGAUACUUGAUGCAAGUUCUUGUAUGUUUCAAGAGGAGGAGGGGAUGGAUUGCUUAUCGAAUCACUCAUUAUGAGUAUGUCAAAUACAUCUAUAUGGUUAUGCUUGUAAAUGCCUUUUUUGUGUUUGUACUCUUUCUGUUAUUAUAAACAGUGAAUGGGGUUUGAAAAUGCAUUAAUGUGGUUGAAACUUGGAAGAAUUAGUUUGGAUUGACUGCUAACUAAAACAAAUUGAAUAACCACUUGAUUUGUAUU